AUGUCGUCCCAUCUUAACUGGAUGAUCAUCCGCAACAACAACGCCUUCUUGGUGAAGAAGCGUAACAUCAAGAAGCCGUUCAGCAAGGAGCCCAACAAUGUGACUAACCUCAACUCAUACAGAUACAACGGUCUGAUCCAGAAGAAGGCUGUUGGCGUCGUCGAGAAUCCCGACAGGAAAGGUUUCACAGUUGUAUACAAGAAGGCUAAGGCGACAAACAAGCCCGCCAAGAACGCAGUCCGCCGUCAGUUCAAAGCCGGCGCGAGGAGAUCGCUGUACAAGGUAAAGAGGUUGUUGAAAGCCAACCACUACCGCACUGACCUCUCCAAGGCUACCCUCCGUCGUGCAUCUGCCAUCCUUCGUUCACAGAGGCCCAUCAAGGCAAAGAAGCCUAAAGCUGCGGCCGCUAAGACCGAAUAA